AUGAGGGACAUACAACAAUUUCUAAGAGAUGAAUAUAGUCUCCAAACCAAAAACCAAGAGCUCAUACAGACAGUCCGCGUACUGCUGUGUGAGAACGAAAAAUACAGACAGGACCUCGAAGCCGCACACCAAUCGUACCAGCUCGCGCAAUAUGCGUCGUGCGCUGCGCUCGAGUUGCUGACUGACGCUUGUGUGAAGACGAAGGCGUUGGAGCCUCAGCUUCGCUUUCCGGGGUAUACGAUCGAUCAUUUGAAUGGCAUGUCGGAGGACGGUCAUGCCGCUGAUGAGAUGGAGAGUCUCUGCAGGAGCUAUCGGCAGUUCUUGGCUGAUAAGAUGGAUAUUGUCUCAGAGGUUGAUGAUGGGGGCGACGCUAUGUGGCGUGCUGCCUCCUAUUUGGCUAAUUUGGAACGGGAUUUAGAUGCUUUGAUCGAUGGGGAAUGGUCUGACUGUGGCCUAGAUCCUGUCCUGAGGAGAAACCCAAGCAUAAUGUUUGAGGCCCAGACUAGUCGCGGAGCCAACGGAGCAAAUGCGCAGAUGCAAGAGGACAGUGAAAGUGAAUAUGAGCCACCCGAAACAAUACGCCACUCAUCUAUUCCUAUACCGCCAGGAGGUCAUCCCAGUCUAGGAGAGGGGCAGAUGUUUGCCAGCGGCACCCAGCCGCUCUGCGUCACAAGAUGGGUAGGACUGAGUGAGAGUGAUGCAGGCCAAAACGACUGGUUUCAUUUAUAUGGCACUGAAACGCAGGAUACUUUCAUGUUCAAUGACCCACAGAAUCCAGCCGGCCAGCCCAAAGAUCCGCAUACCUUUAUUCUAGAUGUAGAGCUUACUCAAGCAUCGCAGGAAACCUUUGACUGUGCCAUGCUUUAUGCCCUGCCAACACAAGACUAG